AUGGCCCUGAAAAAUUUCACUGAAGUCGAAAACCAUAAAACUGUCCAAGAACUGUUCUGCUCCGCUGAAUUUGUCAGAGGUGUAGAGAGCGAACUUAUACUCCUUUCAGCUCUAAAUAUUUUUCUUUCCAUCACUGCAUUUCUGGGGAACACUCUGAUCCUAGUUGCUCUACACAAGGAAACUUCACUUUAUCCGCCGUCCAAACUGCUGUAUAGUAACCUAGUGAUAAUUGAUCUUUGUGUUCGUAUCAUUUCGGAGCCCUUAAUUAGCUGUGACUUAUUGGAUUUCUGUGGUGAAAGAAAGAUGGGAUAUUUGCUACUACACAAUACGAGGACAACAUUUUUCAGUCACUGUUUUGUGUUCAGUAUCUUUAUUAACAUUGACUGCAAUAAGCUUGGACAGACUUCUCGCCUUGUUGUUGGGACUCAGAUGCAGACAGGUUGUAACUUUGAAAAAAAACACGUUUAACUGUGAUUGGUUUUUGGAUUUUGUCNUAAUAGUUUUUGCACGUUUAUGACUUUAUAACUUACUUCUGAUCAUUAUUUAUUAAUACGCGACAAGGUAAAUAGUCUUAAUUGACUGUAGAGAUGUCGAAAUGAUAUCAGCUUUCACCCAAAUUAAAAUAAUCUAUAUAAAUAAAACUCUCACUUCCAGGUCACUGCGCCGAAGAGGAGAAGAGGAAAAUGGCCCUGAAAAAUUUCACUGAAGUCGAAAACCAUAAAACUGUCCAAGAACUGUUCUGCUCCGCUGAAUUUGUCAGAGGUGUAGAGAGCGAACUUAUACUCCUUUCAGCUCUAAAUAUUUUUCUUUCCAUCACUGCAUUUCUGGGGAACACUCUGAUCCUAGUUGCUCUACACAAGGAAACUUCACUUUAUCCGCCGUCCAAACUGCUGUAUAGUAACCUAGUGAUAAUUGAUCUUUGUGUUCGUAUCAUUUCGGAGCCCUUAAUUAGCUGUGACUUAUUGGAUUUCUGUGGUGAAAGAAAGAUGGGAUAUUUGCUACUACACAAUACGAGGACAACAUUUUUCAGUCACUGUUUUGUGUUCAGUAUCUUUAUUAACAUUGACUGCAAUAAGCUUGGACAGACUUCUCGCCUUGUUGUUGGGACUCAGAUGCAGACAGGUUGUAACUUUGAAAAAAAACACGUUUAACUGUGAUUGGUUUUUGGAUUUUGUCCAUCGUCGGAACAUCUACUGA